AUAUGACACGCGCGCAGUUCCUCCCAAACAUCACGCUCGUGCUACCGCUUACAGCUCGAGUGCGCGAGAACAACAAAGCCAAAGCGCUGGAAUCUGUCAGUCGCAGUCAUGUUGGCGCUGAUUAACCGUUUCCUAGACUGGGUUAAGUCCCUGUUCUGGAAGGAGGAGAUGGAGUUAACCCUGGUUGGUCUUCAGUAUUCGGGCAAAACCACGUUUGUCAAUGUGAUAGCUUCUGGACAGUUCAGUGAAGACAUGAUUCCAACAGUUGGAUUCAACAUGCGGAAGGUCACAAAAGGAAAUGUCACAAUCAAGAUCUGGGAUAUAGGGGGACAACCCAGGUUUAGGAGCAUGUGGGAGCGGUACUGUCGAGGAGUAAACGCCAUAGUGUACAUGGUGGAUGCAGCGGAUCGAGACAAAGUAGAAGCUUCCAGGAAUGAGCUGCAUAACCUGUUAGACAAACCGCAGUUGCAAGGAAUCCCUGUACUGGUACUUGGUAACAAGAGAGAUCUACCUAAUGCAUUGGAUGAGAAACAGCUUAUUGAAAAAAUGAACUUGGCUGCUAUUCAAGACCGGGAGAUCUGCUGCUACUCCAUUUCCUGCAAAGAGAAAGACAACAUUGACAUCACACUGCAGUGGCUCAUCCAGCAUUCGAAAACGCGGAGAAGCUGAAAGCAGUGUUUGAGAUUCCUGUGCUGACACGUUCCUCUCACACCCCAUCCUGCUUACUCUGUGAAACUGUACAGUUGUCCCGUCACACUAUCUCCAUCACUGUUGGUUGCAGAUAUCCUCGAUACACCCAUCAUAACCAAGAGCCAGUCUUCUGAACCUGUCGCUAAAUGAUGUAAGCCUGCAGUUUCCAGCCAACACCUCGUGCCCCUCCUUGUCCUCCUCCUUUGAGAAGACCUUUCACCUGCUUAAACAAAAAAAAUCAGCAGUCUACAAACUAGCUUCGCUUUCUUGAGGGUCUUAACCUCCAGUCUGUACUUUUUCAAAAUCAUGGGAGAAUGAAGACUUUUUUUUGUUUUGUUUUUCCCCUACUAAAGUAUGCCAUGCCUUGCUCAUGUGAGAAUGUAAUUAGGUAUGACUGUUGCCACUCUGCUUUUCUCUCGCUCUUCUUUUGGCCAAAACAUUUCACCUGAGAAAGCAGUUUCUAAUAUUUAACUGAGGAGUGAUUCGAUAAGUCAGCAAAAUAUCUCGACAUGUAUGUACAAAAAUUGUUCGCGUAAAAUAUUUUUCCUAAAUUUAUUUAAGUGAAUGUAUGGAAGAGUUAGGUGUAGUCUUUUCUUAAACUCCGUGAUGUCUUGCUGUUGGUAAGCUGGGAGAGAGAGGCGGCGAAGUUCAAAGUGCCUUGUGCAGCAGAUUUCUCUCUGGAGCGGAACAGUAAUGCCAGGUGUGUCUGCCUGGAACUUAUUCACCCAUUAAGAAACGAAAGAAAUAAAAUCAGCAUGCUUUUAAGGUAGAUUAUUGUACCAUUGCCAUUAUGAACGUCUUUGCUUUGAUCUCUGUAAAGAGAAAAAUAUUUGAACCCCUCACUAUCAAUGCACUUUUGUAAAUAUGAAUCAAUAAAUAAUUCUUGACAUCCAAAAAAAAAAGAA